AUGCAAAACUCAACCAAAUUUCCACCACCACCACCAAUAGAUUCAACAUACAAACUAGUAGAAGAAUUUCCAACAGAAGACCAAGAAGAUGAAUGGGAAGAAUGGGAAGAAGAAAUUGAAUAUACAACUUUAGAUUUAGGUUCAUCAUUAGAUCGUAAAACCUUUUCACCUGAUUCAUAUUUUCAACUUUUAUCUCUUCAUUCACCUAAUCCGAUUCUUAAAAUAGGUAAUCAAUUCUUUAAAGGAACUCAUGAACAUUUAAUCGGUACAGAAUUAAUUAUGAAAAACACAACAAAGUGUGAAACAAAACCUUCAUAUGAUCCAUUAAUCUCAUUAACAUCAAGAGUCAGAUUCACACCAAUCGAUAUCCAACCCACAUCAGAAUCCAACCAAGACUUGAACCAAGAAGAACUCCAAGCGAUCAGUAUGAGACAUUGGGCUAGUCGGAAGAUGACUAAUACGAUUGUGAGAAGGCCAAGGAAAAACAAAUCUACUAAACAUACAGAUCAGUUGAUUGUUGCAGAGGAAGAAGUUGGAGUUCAAGGUGAUGGAUCUAAGACUGAUCAUCUUGAUCAACCUUCUUUGAAUGAUACUGUGGAUAACAUAAAUCCUAAAACUUGA